UCAGGAUUGCUGGAAUUCCAGGAUUGCCGGGAUUUUGGGAUCACUGGGGUUCAGGAUCGCUGGGAUUCCGGGAUCGCUGGGAUUUCGGGAUCUCGGGAAUUCCGGGCUGGCUCCGGAGCCAUGGCAGCGGAUGCGGACGCGGAGUGGCUGCGCUGGGCCAGCGAACGCUUCGGGAACGGCGCCGGGAAGGAGCCGGAGAUCGGCCUGGAGGAAUUCACACGGACCCUGGGGAUCAAGGAGUCCUUCUUUGCCGAGCGUUUUUUCGCGCUCUUCGAUUCCGACGGGAGCGGCUCCCUGAGCCGGGAGGAGCUGCUGGGAUCCCUGCGCCGGCUGCUCAGCGGGAAUUCCACGGAAAAGCUCCGCUUCCUCUUCCAGGUGUACGAUGUGGACGGGAGCGGCUCCAUCGAUGGGCAGGAGCUGCUCCAGGUGCUCCGGGGGUGUCUCCGGGAGAGCUCCCUGGCCCUGCCCGAGGAGCGGCUCCGGGCGCUGAGCCAGGCCCUGCUCCGCGCCUGCGACCGCGACCGCAGCGGCUCCAUCUCCUUCCCGGAGCUCCGGGAACAGCUGGAGGCCUUCCCAGAACUCCUGGAGAGCCUGAGCAUCAGUGCCGCCUCCUGGCUGAAGCCCCCCAGUCCCGCCGAGCGCCGCUUGUGCUGCUUUUCCUGGGAAUCCUGCCGGGAGCAGCGGGCCGGGAUGCGCCGCUUUUCCCGGGAAUGCUGGGGCCCGGGCGGCUUUUCCCGGGAAUGCUGGCUGGCCGGGAUGCGCCGCGUUUCCCGGGAAUGCCGCUGGCCGGGGCUGUGGCUCGCGGGCUCGGCGCUGCUGCUCGCCCUGGGCGCUCUGCGGUACCGGGAGCGCGGCCCGGGAACCGCCCUGGCCCGGGGCUGCGGGGCCGCCCUGAACCUCAACUGCGCCCUGCUCCCGGCUCUGAUGUUGCGCCGUUCCGUGUCCCGGCUCCGCUCGUGCCCGCUCUGGGAGCGGCUCCCGCUGGAGCGCCACGAGCGCGGGCACGCGCGCGUGGGACACCUGGUGCUGGCCCUCGGGAGCGCGCACGCGGCAGCGCACCUGGGAGCGCGCCUGGAGCGAGCCGGCGGGCCGUUCUCCGCGGCUGUGGCGGAGCUGCUGCGGCCGGGGCCGGGCUCUGGCGGGGUUGCGGGCACGGCCCCGCUGACCGGGCUGGCGCUGCUGCCGCUGCUCCUGGCGAUGCUCCUGGGCUCCAGCCCCUGCCUGCGCCGCCGCGGACACUUCCAGGUUUUUUACUGGACUCACCUCUCCUACAUCCCGGUGUGGUUCCUGCUGCUCCUGCACGCUCCCCACUUCUGGAAGUGGUUCCUGAUUCCCGGCUCCCUGUUUUUCCUGGAGAAGGUUCUGGGCUGGCUCUGGCGCCGGGCGGGAGAUCUGCACAUCCUGGAGGCCAGGCUGCUGCCCUCCAAGGUGACGCACCUGGUGAUCCAGCGGCCGGAAUCCUUCCGCUUCCAGCCGGGGGAUUUCGUCUUCCUGAACAUCCCGGCCAUCGCUGCCUACGAGUGGCAUCCCUUCUCCAUCAGCAGCGCUCCCGAGCAGCCAGGAACCCUCUGGCUGCACAUCCGGGCGCGGGGCCAAUGGACCAACAAGCUCUACGAGCACUUCCAGCGGCUGGAAUCGCACGGCCCGGAGCCGGAUCUGCCCGGGAAGAGCCGCAGGGAGCGCCGGGAACAGGUGGGAUCGAGAGGAUCCCACGGGAUCAUCCCGACCCCGCGGAGCUGCAGCAUCAAGUGUUUCCUGGAUGGUCCCUACGGAAGCCCGAGCCGGCGGAUCUUCACCUCGGAGCACGCCGUGCUCAUCGGAGCCGGCAUCGGGAUCACCCCCUUCGCCUCCAUCCUGCAGAGCAUCAUGUUCCGGUACCGGCGGCGGAUGCGGAGCUGCCCCAGCUGCCGUUUCUCCUGGAGAGAGGAAGAGCGGGAUGAGGAGAUGACGCUCCGGAAGGUGGAUUUCGUGUGGAUCACGCGGGAUCAGCAGCACCUGCAGUGGUUCCUCAGCCUCCUGGCCCAGCUGGAGGCGCAGCAGGCGGAGCUGGAGCCGGGAGGGAAGUUCCUGGAGCUGCACCUGUUCAUGACCUCGGCCCUGGGCAAGGGGGACGUGAAGGCGCUGGGGCUGCAGCUGGCGCUGGAUCUGCUGGCGGCUCAGGAACAGCGGGAUUCCAUCUCCGGCCUCCGCAGCCGCACCCAGCCCGGCCACCCCGACUGGGACAAGCUGUUCGGGAAGGUGGCUGCGGAGCGGCGUGGGAAGGUCCGGGUGUUCUUCUGCGGCUCCGCGGGGCUGGCCAGGAUCAUCCGCGGCCACUGCCGGAGCUUCGGAUUCGCCUUUUCCAAGGAAAACUUCUGAGCCGACGGGAGCGCUUCCUGCCGGGAGCCGAGCACAUUCCCAGCUCGGAUCCGCCACGGAAAUCUGGGAAAAGCUCCUGCGGAUCUGAGGAAUAAAAAAGAUGGGAAUGUUUCCUUUGGAUCUGAGGAACGAUCCAGGAAAAGAUGGGAAUGUUGGGGUCGAUGGAAGCAAUUCCAGCUCCUUGGCAAAACCAAGGGAAAACUGGGAUGGGAAUCGGUGUCCGAGAGCUGCCGCUCCCUCCAGCCCGGAAUCUGCGCUGGGUUUGGAUUGGUCUUCCUGGUAAACCAAGGGAAUUCAGGAAUCAGGAGCUGGCCAGGCCAUGGAUAACAAUUCCUCUUGGAAUUCCUGAUUUUCCAGCCUUUUCCAUGCCUGGGAUCCGCUCUGUAGCGACAGCUCCUUGUAGGCAAGGCGUGGAAUUCCCAAGAUUAGCGUUGGAUCAGGAUUGAAUCCCGUUCAUCCAGCACAGGGGGGGCUCUGCCGGCUUCAUCCCGAGCUGGGCGGUUUUUAGGGAUGGAGGGUUUGGAAUUUCUUUGGAAUCAUGGAAUGGAAAAGCCCUCGGAGCUCCUGGAGUCCAACCUCGCCGCUGUCCCCAGGCGCCACAUCCGAAGGGUUUCAACCCCUCCGGGAUGGGAUCCCGGUCCUGCCUGGCAGCUGUUCCAGCCUUGGAGCUUUUCCAGGUGGGAAUUUUCCAGGUGGGAAUUUUCCAGGUGGGAAUUUUCCAGGUGGGAAUUUUCCCCGCAUUCCCAAACCUCCCUUGGCGCAGCCGCUCUCCCCGAGGGCAUCGGAGCCGCCAUUCCGCACGCGCGGAUCUCCCGCCUCCCUUGGCAGCUCAUUAAUCAAUCAUUAAUCAAUCAUUAAUCAUUAAUGAACCCGCGCUAAUGAGCGCGCGCGCCGCCCGCCCCUCCCUCCUCACGCGGCCCCGCCACGUGACCGCUCUGUGGGCGGGGUCUCCUCCAGCCAAUCAGCGCCGCGCUCCGCCCGGAAGCCCCGCCCCUUAAACGCGCGGUUCUGAUUGGUCGCCGCCAGCUCUCGCGGGAAGCCGGGGCGGGGCCGCUCCCCCCUGGCCGCGCCGGUGCCCCCGGGGGCUGAGGCGGUGCCGGAGCGGCCGCGCGGGUUCGAGGCAGCGCCCGCAGCGCUCGCGGUGCCCCCGGUGCCUCCUGGGGCGGCGGCGGCGGCGCCUCCUCC